AUGCUGAAAUAUGCCGCGUAUCUAUUUGGCCCACUAAAUAGGAAGCCCAAAUGUACCCCACAUUUCAGUGCGCGGAAUUUUUCCAUUUUGGAAAGAUACAUAAGGGCGAAGCCGCUGUCACACGAGUUGAAAAUUAAGGAGGCGCAAAAUGAAGGGAUCAAAAGUGAAGGGGCAAGAAAGGCCAGUGAAAAAGGCGCAAGCACAUAUUACCCCCCCAAUAUAACCAGAGGAGUUAUACCCAAAAGUGCCUACAUGAAUACGUGGAAAAUACCAGAACAGCCGGCAAAUCCGAAAUAUCUAAAAGUGGCACUAAUUGGGGCCCCCAAUGCAGGGAAAAGCUCUCUCCUAAAUUCAAUAUUGAAUAAAACCAUUUCAGCAGUUUCGCCAAAAAUUAAUACUACCAGACAGGACAUAAAAGGAAUAUACACAAAAGACAACGUUCAGAUAAUUUUUAUUGAUUCGCCUGGUAUUGUCCCGUCACAUAAGAAAAAAAAGUUUUGUAAAGAAUUAGUGAGUUAUGCAUGGAAGGGAUAUGAGGAAGCAGACUUGGUUUUAUUUAUCGCGGACACUGUGAAGAGGCCAACGCACGAUGUGUUCAACAUAGUACGAAUGCUAGCACCCAAAAAGGUAGAAGCAUACAGCAGUGAGAGCGAAGACGAGGGGGAAACGCAGCACUACAGCUAUAACCAUCCUAGUGAAGACAAUGAUCAGGAGGAACCACAAAUUGAUUUGAAUAGCGGCUCCACUAAUGAAGAGCUUUACGAAAAUUCCAAAAAAAAUGUGCAAAAAUUUGUAGAUUAUUUUUCCACCGCAAUGGAAAAGGAGGCCAAGUAUAGGGACAAAAGUGUCAAAGAAAACUUACUUAAAAAUAGGAAAAAAAUUAUUGAAUCGUACAACAGUGAUGUAAACAGUAAGAACACGCCGAAUGGUGAAGGGGAACAGCAAAAGUUGGUCCCGCCGGUGAUACUCGUCCUAAACAAAGUAGAUUUAUGCACAAACAAUAAGUGGGCCAAUGCGCGGGCUAAGGAAUUUAUGAGCAACGGGAAUUUUGACAACAUAUUUUUUAUUUCUGCAAAAUAUAACAAAGGUAUUGAGGAAUUAUUGGAUUAUAUCGCCAAGUUUAAGGCUAAAAAUCAAUUUUGGGUGUACCCCAAGGAUUCCAACACAACUUUGACCAAAGUACAAGUCGUUGAACAGCUGAUUAACACCUAUUUGUAUUGCUGGUUUAAUAAGGAUGUCCCUUAUAAAGUCAAGCACAACAUGCUGUCAUGGUGUGUGAAUUUGGACAACUCCCUCAUCAUUGAAUAUCAAAUUGUUGUGAAAAGCCAAAAGGUUGCUAAAAUGAUUUGCGGCGUUCACAACAAGCUUAUUAUUAACAUGCGCAGAAAUGUGUCUUACAAGUUGACGCAGCUGUGGGGCCAGAAUGUGUACGUUCACAUCCACGUGAAGUCGGUUAGCACUUAA